AUGGAGGACGAUCAGAGUGAAUUGUCAUCCGCUAUAACCGAUCCAAACCGCUACUCUGACCUUUGGGAGCUGACCGAUAAGAUUAUGAAAUCGUAUAAACCAGUUGAAUUGUCGGACAAUACCUGCGUGAUAAUCCGAUCCUUCCGGCAAAUUCUCUCGAAAGACGGAGCGAUCGCCCUAAUGACCGAUAUCAAGACUAUCGGCGGAGAUCAGCCAAAGCUCAGGUCAUUCUCACGCCACUUGAUUGACAAUAUCCUUAAGCCAAUGAAGCUUGCGAGUGUCCUUAGGUCUAUCAUAUUGACACCCUCGUUACUUGACCCAGAUGCUGCCAUCUCCAUUGCACAGUCGGCCAAUAUACAGUCGUCGGACAGCAGUCGACAGCAAUACCUCAAAGAAGACUGCCUGAAGCGGGACGGAUUCCGCUGUGCGUACAGUCAUGUUAUUGAUCUCGAUAGUGCAAGGAAGGGUCUUGUUGUACCGCCUGUUGGCAUGGCUGUCAGUCCUACCCAACUCUUACAUAUAUUGCCGUUAGCGCUUAAACAGUUUUGCACCACCCGUCGACGUGAGGGAGAGGCGGUAAAUACUGCUUGGUAUUCUUUGUACCGAUACUUCCCUGGAUUAAAGGGCAAAAUUGGCCCGGAAAGUCUGGACCAGCACCGGAAUCUCAUCACUGUUGAGAGAAGCGUUCAUGACAACUUCGACAGCCAUGUGCUAGCUUUCAAACCCAUCUCUGGUCGGUCUAGCAAGUACGAAAUCGUAAACCUUCUGGGGUGGCCCCUCUUGAACAACGCCCCGGAGGGUCAUCAAGAAGUUAUGACACUGACUUCCUGGGAUGACAAAUUUCCUCUCCCCGAGCCGGAGUUUUUCAGAGCACACUAUCAGAUCGCAAAAAUUCUCGACGCAAGUGGGAUUGGGGCGGAUCUUCAAGCGGAGAUGGAAGCGGAAAUGGAAGGUUUUCGGAAUGACCCCGAAAACCUGAAUCCUGAUGGCUCGACUGACGUGGUAUCAAUCCUUUGUCGCAAAUUUAUGAUGAAUGUGUAG